UGGUGAGAAUGUCCUUAGUUUUUCGAUAACCUACCGAGCACAUUGAAAGAGGGAUACUACUAUAUACACUGUAGUGAGGUUCCCGUAUAUUUUCAUCAUUUUGGACCCACACGAAAAAGAAAGAAGAAGCACAAUAGCAGAUGCACCGAAAGUAAGAUGUUUUUUUCUCAACUGUGUCGCGAAGUUGCAAGGAAAGCCUCUUGUUUACUUGGUUGACUUCAGUCAAAGAAAGUAGAAACGCGGAUCCACGAAAGUAAGAUCUGUUAACACUUUCCUUUUGUUUUUCCCUUCAUUCCCUUCACUUCAAAUAAUGAGAUCACAACUUGUUGGGAAAACUCAACACAACUCAUCAUGGCCAUAUAGAGAGAACUGAUUUACCAUAACUUAACAUACACAUCAUGCCACUUUCCGGUGCUUCUUCUUCUUAUUCUCAAGCAUCUGUCACUCAUCAAUACGAUGUCUUUAUCAGCUUCAGAGGUGAGGACACGCGUAACGGCUUCACCAGCCAUCUUCAUUCUGCUCUCCGCAGAAAUCAGAUCGAGACGUUCAUAGAUUACAGAAUCCAGAAAGGAGGGGCCAUCUGGAACGAACUUGUUGAGGCCAUCAGAGACUCAAACUUGUUUCUUGUUAUCUUCUCUGAGAAUUAUGCUUCCUCAAAGUGGUGCUUGAGAGAGCUCGCGGAGAUCAUUGAAUGUAAGAAGGAGAAUGAAAAUGUGAUUGUGAUUCCAGUGUUCUACAGAAUAGAACCCACACAUGUUCGCAAGCAGAGCGGAACUUACCACACAGCAUUCGCUGAGCACGAGAGAUCUUUGGAGCGUAGCGUUGUGCAGCAAUGGAGGACUGCACUCUUUGAAGCUUCCAAUCUUUCUGGCUUCCAUUGCGAUCAUCACAGGCAAGAAGCUGAGUUGAUCGAUGAGAUUGUGAAAGCAAUUUUUCCAAAUCUAAAUAGCAAUUGCUAUAGAGAUGAACUCAAAAGCCCUUUUAUUUGUAACAGAAACUAUACUUCUGUUAAAUCCUUAUUGAAAUUCAAGUCAGAGAAAGUUCUUGUGAUUGGAAUUUGGGGUAUGGCCGGUAUUGGCAAAACAACUAUUGCUACUACUCUUUUUCAUGAGUGCUCCUCAGAAUACGAAGACCAUUGUUUCUUAGCCUUUUCAAAAAAUUUAGAAGGAAAAGGUCUUAAUCACAUAUGCGCUAAACUUCUUUCGCAAUUGUUAAAUCAAGAUCUUCGUAUCAAUAAUAUUCGAGUAAUACACUCUAGUAUUAUCCGUAAACUCAAGCAUAGGAAGGUUUUUGUUGUGCUGGAUGAUGUGACUAAUUCACAAAUUGCAGCUGAUUUGAUUCAACUGUUUCGUAAUUGUUUGAGUUAUGGUAGUAGAAUCAUUUUGACAACAAGGGAUAGAAAUGUGCUUACAAGUGGAGGAGUCGAAGAAAUCCAUGAAGUGAAGGAAAUGAAUUUUGAGGACUCUCUUAAACUUUUUAGCCAUAAUGCCUUUAAUGAUUCUCAUCCUAAAGAGGAUUAUUAUGAGCUAUCAACAAGAGUCGUAGCAGAUUAUGCCAAAGGAAUACCAUUAGCAUUAAAAAUUUUGGGAUCAUUUCUUCGGACCAAAGAAAAAAGUGAAUGGGAUAGUGCAUUGAGAAAAUUACGAAAGUAUCCCAAUGCAGAUAUUCAGCAAGUGUUGAGAUUGAGUUAUAAUGCAUUAGAUGAUGAUGAAAAAAACAUCCUGUUAGAUAUUGCGUGCUUUUUUUACGAGCAUGAAAUGGAGAUGGUAACAAAAAUAUUAAAUUCUUGUGGUUUCUUUGCAGACAUAGGGAUAAAAAGCCUAUUGGACAAAUCUCUUGUAAGUAUUUAUUCAAAUGGUAGUUGUAAAUACAUAAAAAUGCAUAGCUUGAUACAGGAAAUGUGUUGGAAAAUCAUUCAUGAAGAAUAUAGCAAAAAUGGUGGUCAACAAACAAGACUGUGGAAUACCGAAGAAGUCUGCAAUAUAUUCCAGGAUGAAAGAGAUAUUCAUGGAGUUGAAAGUAUGAUUGUGGAUAUGAAUGAAAUUACAAUAGAUCCACGUAUAAUUAUCAUUGCAUUAAGGAAGAUGCCAAAGUUAAGGUUACUUGCUUUAAGAGGAAAUAUUAACAUGGAUCUUGAAUGGAACAGAGUGCUUAUAGAGGGUUUUCAAUUUCCUAAUGACUUAAGGUAUAUUGAGUGGGAUAAAUGUCCACUUAAGAUUGUGCCAUCUAUUUGUUGGCCUCAAAAACUUGUUCAGCUUUCCAUGCAAGGUAGCAAUAUUGAAAAACUUUGGGAUACAGCACAGAAUCUACCAAGUUUGGAGUUUCUUGACCUCGAUGACUGCAAACGCUUGAUAGAGUGCCCAAAUUUAGCAGGUGCCACGAAUCUCAAAGAAAUAUCACUCCGUGACUGUGAAAGCUUACGAGAUGUUCAUCCAUCUAUUUUCUCUCUCCCCAAUAUUGAAGAACUAAAUGUGAACUAUUGCACGGCGCUGAAGAGGCUUUGCGGUGACUAUUGUUCUCCCUCUCUCCAUCGCUUGUUGGCCACUGGUUGCUCCAAUUUGGAAGAGUUCUCAAUCUCCAUGAUGACUCAUCAUUCCAAAAUCGAGUUAUGUUUACCAUCAACGGCUUUGAGUGACGUUCCAUCCACUAUUAUGCAUCUCAAAAAUCUUGAAUUGUUCGGUUUUAACAUCAGUUACUCUCUUCAAAAACUUCCUCUAAACUUUGCCUCCAAAAUUGCACUCGUAGAUCCAAUAAAACAUGAAGACGACACAUGCAUCAUGUUAAGUAGAAUAUUCCCCACCCCUGCCUUCUUGUCUCUCAAGCAAUUAGCUUUCUACAAAUGUAAGAGCUUUUCUAAACUCCCAAACAACAUUCAUGUCUUACAAUCAUUACAAGUAUUAGAACUGCAAAGUUGUCAUGUCAUUACAAGUUUGCCAAAAAGCAUUAAGAAUCUUCAACAGCUCAUGAAACUUGUGAUCAUUGAUUGUGAACUGCUUCAAUACGUACCUCCACUUCCCCCAUCUAUUAAAUUCUUUGAUGCACUAAACUGCAAAUCCUUGAAGGAAGUCUCGAGUUUAACCAGUGAACCACCCAGAAAACACAAUGCAUGGUUUGGAUUCCAUAACUGCACAAAGUUGGAUGAUGAUGCAUAUGAUGCAGUUUUGGAAGACUUCAAAUCCAGGAUAAAACUUGUGGCAAAUAAUGAUGGAUAUUCGCAUAAUGAAGCAAACAAUGGUAAUAUAUUCUUCUACUACUAUUUACCAAGUAAAGAGAGCAUAAUUAAUGAGUGGUUCCCUGACUACUACUCAAGAGAAGCUUCGAUCAUUGUUGAAGUUGCUCCAGAUCACAAGAUUUCUUCUUGUCUUGUUGGCUGCAUCUUGAUUUCUCAAUACCAAUCUUGCAAGCUUGUCGAGAAAGAAGUGAUAUUUGGAUGGAAAUGCUACCUGGGAAAGGGUUGCAACGAGUGGGAAUGGAUCGCAACUUCUGGCAAUAGAGGACUCUUGACCGGUCAUUUUCCCAUCAAUAAGAUUCCAUUUGAAAUGGUAUCAGAUCAUAAGGUAGUAUGGUAUGAUGGAGAGCGUUCCAACAAGAUAACGGAAGCAAUCAAAGAGAGAAAGAGGGACACCAGUUGUAAUUCUAUCCUUAAAUUUGAGUUCUAUGCAAAUACAGAAGAUAAUGAGGAAGUAGUGAUAAAGGGGUGUGGGAUCCGUUGGAUGCAUUUCCAUGUCAAUGAUGAUGAAGAGAUUAGUCCAGAUGCCACUCAUGAGGGCUAUGAAUCUGAUGACUUGGAGUUGGAAGAUGAAUCUGAUGGCUUGGAGUUGGAGGACGACAUUGAGAGACAGAGAACAGUGAAUCCGAGAAAGAGUAUAUUUGCGUCGUGGUUCCAAAGAUUACUGUGCUGCACGUAGAGCAAAUACAGAAGAAGAGAUACAAAGAAAUAUCACUCCAAAAACAGAAUAAUAUCUUUCUGUUAAAUUAAGUGAAGAAUAUCAUAUGAGAAUUCGAAGAGGAAAGCUUCUGUGGGGAACACCUAAACUUCCUUUAGUUCAUAUUGUUGUAAUAGUUGUCUAUUUGCUCACUUUAUAGCACACUUUCCUUGAGGACAGCAACUUCGUGUGUAUUAAAUGAUUGGAUUUUAUUUGAUGAGUUUGGAAAACUCUAAAUUAAUAUUUGUGAUGACUAAACAUUA